CCGGACGGGUUACUGGAGGGCUUCUCCCCAUGAGUGUUGGAGCGGCGGGGCGCCGUUGGUUUUCUCCACCACAAAAAUUCUGUCAAUCCGCGUUGUGUGCGCGCGCGCACGGGGGUCGCGCAGCAUCCGCGCAGGUAUUUAUAUGGUCCGCACGGUGGCCAACAAGUCAGACCAAAGAAAAGCCUUGCUUGGAGAGCACAGCUCGCGACAGAGUUCCAGUUCUUCCAGUGGUGUCACCGUCGAAGUGAAGUCAAACGUCGUGUUCUGUUCUAGCACCGAAAGUGCCGAAAGUGUGAUACCAGCACCAGCACAGUCACCAGUCAUCAUGAUUUCCAAGAUUCUAUUGGUUGCCUCCCUAGCGGCCGUCUCGACGUUGGCAUCGCCCGUCUACGGACCGGUAUCGUACGGACCGGCACUAUCCUACGGGUAUGCCGCCAAAGCGAUCCAACCGCUGCACACGGUAGCGGCUGCUCCCGUCCUGCACGCACCAAUCGUUGCGGCUGCCCCGGUCCUGAAGCACGUCGAGGCGUACGAUCCGAAUCCUCACUACAGCUUCAGCUACGGUGUGGCCGAUCCGCAUACCGGCGAUUCGAAGCACGCCGAAGAGACGCUAGCCAACGGUGUCGUCCAUGGUAGCUACUCGCUCACCGAACCCGAUGGUACCAUCCGCAAGGUGACGUACACGGCCGACAAGAUCCAUGGUUUCAAUGCGGUGGUCGAGAAGAGCGGCCACGCCGUACAUGCCGCCCCGGUGCUGAAGAAGAUCGUUGCGGCACCAUUGGUGCACGCUGGCCUACCGUACUACCAUCACUGAUCGCCCAAUGUGCAGCCCAAUUAGGUUAGACGGAGGCAUUAUGGCCCCGAGCGUUAUUGUAGUAAUGUAACAAUGCCGAUAGAUAAAUAGACGCCAAACGCGGAGUUAUCGAAUAAACGAUUUGUCCAAAUGUCCAGGAACUCGUCGACUCCUGCGAUCCCUAGGAUUCGGACGAUGUUCCUGGACGCCCUGGAUGGAUCUAGCUGUGUAGCGGUAGCAGUAAUAGUAGUUAAUGGUACACACCACAUGGCGUCCCCGCGUACAAAGGCGACCAUCUUUCUUCUCAAAUAAAAACGUUUCCCUGAUAGCCAAAA